CUUUUGUACUGGUGGAUAGACGGAAGAUGGCUCCGAAGAAAGGCGCGGCGGCGGCACAGGACACGAACGAGAAGCAUAAGCAUCCGCUUCAAGCCGUGCUCUUCGCGGACUCAUGGACGAACACGUUCCGGCCCAUCUCGCUGGAACUUCCCAAGGUCCUCUUCCCCCUAGCGAACGUGCCCAUGCUCGAGUACACGCUGGAGUUCCUCGCGUCCAACGGCGUGGAAGAGGUGCUGAUCUUCUGCACGGGAAAUACGGCUGCGAUCGAAGCCUUCUUGAGCACGUCAACGACGGCGCAGACCGUGAAGACGCAGAUCGUGAUGAGUCCCACGUGCUUGACAGCGGGGGACGCCAUCCGUGAGUUGGACCGCAUGCAGUUGGUGCGGUCAGACCCGUUCAUUUUGAUUUCGGGCGAUGUCGUGUCCAACAUGGACUUGCGCAGUGCCGUGGAAGCGCACGAAGCGCGGAGGAAGAAGGAUAGCUCGUCCAUCAUGACGAUGGUGUUCAAGGAAGCGCAGGUCCACCACAACAUCCGACCGCUCACCGACGAACUCGUGGUCGCGCUGGACAGUCUUACGCACCAACUCGUGCUGUACGAGACCAAGCACCCGAGCACGGCCAUGGCGUUCCUGUCGAACGCGGCGUUCCAGGACCAUCAGCAGAUCAGUUUCCGCUACGACCUCAUGGACGCGCAAGUGUACAUUUGCUCGCCCGACGUGUUAGUCCAGUUCAGCGACAACUUUGACUACCAGGACAUCCGCACAGACUUUGUGCGCAACGAGGCGCAAAACUACGAAAUGGGCAACAAGAUCCACGCGCACAUCAUCUCCAAGGACUUUGCCGCGCGCGUGCAUGAUCCCCGCACAUACAGCGCCAUCUCCCAUGCGAUCCUUCAGCGAUGGACGUACCCGCUCGUGCCGGACAACAACCUCCUCGGGUUGCAUUCGACGUAUAGCCACCAGCGCCAUGACAUUUACAAGGAAACAAAUGUGGUGCUGGCGCGGACAUGCUCGAUUCGCUCGACGAGUAUUCUGGGCGAAGGCACGUCCGUGGGCGCCAAGUCGGUCGUGGACAAGAGCGCCAUCGGUCGCAACUGCAAACUCGGCGCCAACGUCAAAGUGCUCGGCAGUUUUCUAUGGGACGACGUCACGGUUGAAGACAACGUGACGAUCGAAGGGGCGAUAGUAUGCAGCGGCGCGAUCCUUCGCCAAGGCGCGGUCGUCCAGGAAGGAUGCUUGAUUGCCCACGGUGUGGUGGUGGGGCCCAACUUCGUCGUGCCGUCGCACACCAAGCUAACGACGGUGCGCCGCGUGGCAGUAGACGACGGGUUCUCGGAUGACGACGAAUAUGCCGAUGACGCCACCGAAGAAGCGACGGAUGAGGCGUGGAACCCCGCGCAUGUGGGCGUGGGUGGCGUCGGCCGCGUGUGGACGCUGGAAGACGAAGGCGGCGCGGACUCGGACGUCGAUGACGAUGACGGAGAAGACGCCGCGACCCGCCUCGAGCAGCUCAAGCUGACGCUGAUUGGCGCGCCUGAUUUGGUGGCAAAGCAGCGCAACCGCCUCGCGUCGUGGGAUGCACUGAGCUCGUCCGACGAUGAGGAGGCCGCGGCCCCGUUCGACGACGAGGACCCGCUGGAUGGAUUCGUACGCGUCGUGAUGGACAUGGUCGUGUCGGGCGACCACGGCGGCGACGGCGUCGACAACCUCUUUUUGGAGAUCAAGAGCUACAAGUUUGCCCAGAACCGGUCGUUUGCCGACUGCUUGGCGGCGAUCUUGCCUGGGCUGUGCAACCUCAUUCCCCGCGCCAACAAGACGGACAUGCAGAUCCUGGCGCUGCUCAAACCCAAGCUCGAGAAGUGGAGUAGCGUCGUGCUCAAGUGCGUCAUGGGCGACGUCGAGCGCGUGGCGAUCGUGGAGAUUCUGGCGGCAUACUGCUUGGAGCCAGCCAACGCGGCCACGUACUCGGGUCUGUUUCGAUUCAUCCUCCAGAUCGCGUACGACUUGGAGUGGGUCACGGAAGACAACAUCUUUGAAUGGGAAGACAACCAAGACGCCCCCGGCCACCCGUCGCUGGUUCAAGAUGCAGCCGUGCAGGAGUUUUUGGAGUGGCUUCGUGGUGACGAUGAAAGUGAUGACGAAGAUGACGACGAAUAGAGUACACUCUCAACGUAAAGGUAGCCUGAGUGCCCAUACCCCAUCCCCAUGCUGUUACACUUUACAGUAAUUGUUGAUGUGUUUCUUCUAAACUGGACCGACAUGGAGAAUG